UCUCGACCCCGGAGCUGUUUGAGUAUCAGCCUGACCUCCUGCACCAGCUGGUCACCAUCAUGAACCCCAACAUCCUCAUGUCUCACGGCGUACCGGUUGUUCGUACGAACCAGUGUGCGGGAGAGUUCGUCAUCACGUUCCCCAGAGCGUACCACAGCGGCUUCAAUCAGGGAUACAACUUUGCUGAAGCUGUUAACUUCUGCACUGCAGACUGGCUGCCUGCCGGUCGCUCCUGCAUCGAUCACUACCGGCGCCUCCGGAGGUAUUGUGUGUUUUCCCACGAGGAGCUCACCUGUAAGAUGGCCGCCACGCCGGAGAAGCUGGACCUGAACCUGGCAGCAGCGACGCACCGCGAAAUGUUCAGCAUCGUCCAGGAGGAGAGGAAGCUGCGCAAGGGACUCAUGGAACGGGGCAUCACUGAAGCCGAGCGUGAGGCGUUUGAGCUUCUGCCCGACGACGAGCGUCAGUGCGAUACAGGUAAAACCACCUGCUUCCUCUCCGCUCUCGCCUGCUCCAACUGUCCCGAGCGCCUCGUGUGUCUCUACCACACUCAGGACCUGUGCAACUGCCCCACGGAAAAACUCUACCUCAGAUACAGAUACACCCUGGACGAGCUGUUAGCCAUGUUACACAGAUUAAAGGUCCGCUCAGAGUCCUUUGACUCCUGGGCCAACAGAGUGAAGGAGGCACUGGAGCAGGAGGAAGGAAACAAGAUAGGUGGGAAGUCAACACACAAGAACUGUACAUUUCAGAGAUUUUGAUUUGUCAGCAUGUCU